UAUACUGAACAAGGUUUCCUAUGGGAGUGAUAUAAAAGUAGUGAAAAAUAUACUUCAUAAAAUAUACGUUUCGUCUAUUUCGGUCCCUUUGCGAUUUUGUGGUUAGUCUGAUGGGGAAAUUUGUAUAUUACUUAACACAUUUUUGACAUUCACGAUCACAACCCCAAAAUCACCCAGUACGGUAAAUAUAUUAAUUUGUGACAAAUUAAUAUGGUAAACAUAUUAACACAUUCACUGCCAGACGAAAAACGGCACGCUACCCCAGGAUCCGGGCAAUAUAUAUAAGCGCCCACCAGGCGGGCGCCCCUGCGUGUGCCAGGGCUGUGCUAAGUCUCAUAGUCAAACAUCCUAGUACUUUUAUUUUGUUAGUAUGGAUCUACUCACGCCCUUCACAACGUGAUGCAUUUACAAAGGAAUAAUUAAUGCACUUUCUAUGGUAGAAGAAGAAUGCCGUCGCUACAGGCCAACUAAAAACUACCUUGAAAAUGCAGGACCAGAACCUAGCACGGCAUUCGAAACUGCAGCUCUACAGAGAGAGAUGGAAAGAGUACAACAGCGCCUCCCUAUGGAACCCUUAUCCAUGAAAAGGUAUGAGCUACCUCCGCCGCCCGCAGGCCGCCUCGGUGAGCCGGCGGCCUGGGCCGAGUCCGUGGACAACUCGCACGCGCAGCUCUCUCACCAAGCCACUCGAGUGCUGAAUCUUGAGUUACAACUGCACUAUGGGGCAGAGUCCUGGCGCUCCUAUCUCAAUACGCUCCAAGCACUUGUCACUAGUGCGCAGAAUGUGCAUACUAAUUUAAGAAAGCAGAUAGCGGCGGUGAACUGGGAGCGCAAACGGUCGCAGACGGCGAGCGGCACGAGGCUGCGCGCACUCCGCCGGCGCUGGGCGCAGCUCGUGUCGGACAACUACCGCCUCGAGCGGGCGUUGCUGCAACUAGACAUACAGCUACAGAAGGUGCAAGGACAGGCGACGGCGGAUGACGGUGAACCCGCUGAUCUGGACGCGGUGAAAAUGUUGCCAGACAAACUCAACUCAGAGUCGGAAAAAGAAGUGCAAAAGAAGAUUGAAGACAUGUUUGCGGAUUAAAUUAAGAUACCAUUUAUUUACAUACGUAUGAGGAAUAAAUGAUUAAAUGAUAACUUA